CUCACCUUUACUCUUCCUCGCUCAUUCUCGCUCCACCCUUCUGACCUCGCUGUUCGCCUCCUGUCCCUACAUCAUUUCUCCGCCCGCCGGCUACAACUGUCCCGAUCAGCGAGAUCUGCUCCAGUCUGUCGACGCCUCUUUAUUGUGAGCACCCUCCAGACAAUCAUGGCUGUGUCGAUUCUUCAUCCUGCGUGGUCGAGUUCUGCGGCUUGUUGGGGAUUGCCUCUCUGCUCUCUGAACGAUCCUCCUUGACUGCGGCCUUUGAUCCAGCGUCCACCCCUACUCGAGAACCUUACUACCAGCGCGCCGACCUAGAAAAGAAAAGCAGAAUACACGGAGACGGUGUUUGCAUUCACCAUGACUGGCGUCAAAACAUUUCCUACCAUCAAAACCGUCCGCACCUUCGUUAUCGAUGGUGUCGGCUCUGGCGGCGACUACCACAAUGUCAAGGGCGGUCACUGGUUGAUUGACAAUAAAAUCUCAACCCCAAUGGCCAAAUGGGAACAAUACCGAAAGUCCCGCACCUCUUUUGGAAUCAAUGUCCUGGGCUCUUUCUGCGUCGAGAUCGAGGCCACAGACGGCACCAAGGGCUUUGCAACAGGUUUCGGAGGACCGCCAGCAUGCUGGCUGGUUCAGCAACAUUUCGAGCGCUUCCUUCUCGGCCGAGACCCUCGAGACGUCAACGAUCUAUACGAGCUUAUGUACAAGGGUUCCAUGUUCUAUGGCCGUAAAGGUUUACCCGUCGCGGUCAUUUCAGUGCUUGAUCUUGCAUUAUGGGACCUUCUCGGCAAGAUCAGAAAUGAACCAGUAUACAAGAUGAUUGGUGGUGCUACAAGAGACAGGCUAGACUUCUAUUGCACUGGACCAGAGCCCGCGGCGGCCCAGAAGAUGGGAUUUGUUGGAGGCAAGGUUCCCUUGCCAUACAGUCCAGAGGAGCCGGACAGUUUAAAGAAAAAUAUUGCAUUCCUGAAGAAACACCGCGAAGACGUUGGAUUAGAUUUCCCCUUGAGGGUUGAUUGCUGGAUGUCUCUGAAUGUGCAAUAUACCAUUGAGCUCGUUGCGGAAGCUAAAAGACAGGAUAUCAGAAUAGAUUGGUGGGAGGAAGUCUUGUCACCCGAUGAUUUCGAUGGGUUCCAACUGUUGAAGCGGGCACAUCCAGACACAAAAUUCACCACAGGCGAACACGAAUAUUCGCGAUAUGGCUUCCGCAAGCUUCUUGAGGGCCGGAAUGUCGACAUCAUUCAACCCGACGUCAUGUGGCUGGGUGGCCUCACCGAGCUUCUCAAAGUCUCGUCCAUGGCAGCAGCAUACGAUAUUCCAGUCAUUCCACACGCCUCGGGACCUUAUUCGUACCAUUUUGUCGUGAGUCAGCAUAACUCACCCUUCCAAGAGUACCUUGCAAACAGUCCGGAUGGGAAGAGCGUGCUUCCUGUGUUUGGAGAUCUGUUCUUGAACGAGCCUAUCCCAAACCAAGGGUACCUUGAUGUUAGCGUUCUUGACAAGCCAGGGUUUGGAUUGGAAUUGAACCCAAACGCACGCUUGGUCGAUGCUACGGGAAUGUUGGGCAUGAAGCCUCAAAAGUCCCUUUCCUUUCCUGCUGAGAAAGAGCCUGCGAAGCUUCAUGGCGAGGCAGCCUUGAAUGGCGACCAUGUGUCUUGAAGGAGAAAGGCUAUUGGGAUGGUGUGCCGCUUAACACAGGUUGGACAGAGUGCUUUCGGAGAAUGAACACAGCGAAGUCAUCCCAUCUAUAUGUUGCCAUGGGGAACCACGCAUGUGCUGUGGCGACUUCUUCAACAAGACUGGCAUCAGCUAGAGAACAAGCUUGUCGAUUCCUUGGUCCCUUUCCACAUUGAAAUUUGCCGCGUUCGUGUGCAGAUGAUUCCAGUCCAGGAUCUUUCCAGUAUGGCUC